AUGCGCGUGCUCUCCGCCACGAGCGUCGUCAAGACCCACGUCGCGCGUGCCACUUCGUGCUGGGUUCGCGCUUCUUCGACACUCGAGACCCCUAGCACCAAGCCGACGCGCUCACCUACGGCUCUUGGCAUCCCUCCUAUCGACAUUCAAACCGCUCUGAGCAAGUGCAAGGCCCAGAAUCUACGCAAAUUCGAUGAGACCAUUGACCUGGCCGUUCAGCUGGGCGUGGACCCGCGCAAGCCCAACCAGAGUGUACGUGGUGUGGUGAGUCUUCCGAACGGCACGGGCAAGCAAGUGCGGAUCGCCGUGUUCGCCCGCGGCCCCAAGGCCGAGGAGGCCAAGGCUGCCGGUGCUACCAUCGUGGGUGCCGAGGAUCUCGUGGAGCAGGUACAGAGCGGCAAGCUGGAGUUCGACCGUUGCAUUGCCACGCCCGAUGUGAUGCCCUUGGUGGGUCGCGUUGCUCGAAUUCUUGGCCCUCGCGGCUUGAUGCCCAACCCGAAGUUGGGGACGGUGACGCAGGAGGUUGGUGACGCCAUCGCGGCGGCGCGUGGUGGCCAGGUGGAGUUUCGUGCUGAGAAGAAGGGUAUCAUUCACGCCGGCGUGGGCAAGAUGAGCUUCUCGGAGGAGGCACUACUGGAGAACGUGCGUGCUUUCAUGGUCGCACUCAGCGAUGCCAAGCCGGAAGGCGCAAAGGGCAAGUACAUUAAGGCUGCUCACCUGAGCUCCUCCAUGGGACCGAGCUACAAUUUGGACAUCAAGUACCUGGAUCCGUCCUCGACGUCUUUCAUGCGCUUCGAGUAAGUAGAAGAUUACUUCAUUAGAAGAGAUAGCGCCGUCGCUUAUAGACAGCAACAGGAUGUGGCCUAAUGAAGAGACCAUUGUUCACAUAUC